AUGAGUAAAAGAAAGAGAAGGAAAAGAGGAGAAAGAGCUCAAUUGCCUGAUCAUGUCAAGUUAGGAACAGAAAAAAAAGAGCCAGAUGUUGGGUAUGAUGAAUCUACAUGUGGUAAUAGAAAUAACUUAGAAGGUAAGUUAGCUGGUGAUGAGCCUUAUUAUCCCUCAGAUGAAGCUGCCAGUUUUGAAACAAAUCCAGAUGCUUUCAGUGAUGAUGAAGAAGAGGUUCAACAAAGAGAGAGAGUCAAGCCAAGAAGGAGAAAGAAGGUGAAUAGAGUUGUAUUUGAUGCAUCUUCUCAGAAAGUAGUGUGGGAAUUGGGUCUUGUAUUUGAAAGUGUUAAUGAGUUUAGAUUUGUUGUUACCAAAUAUGUUGUUGCUGAACAUGUUGCAAUUGAAAUAUAUAUUAAUGAACCAACAAGGGUAAGAGUUAUGCGUACAGUUGGUUGUCCUUGGGUUUUAUUUGCUAGCGUUGAUUCUAGGACAGAUAAUUUUGUUGUAAAGAUAUACAAUCCAGUUCACAAAUGUGAUCCUACUAACAGGAACAAGCUUUGUAAUAGCAAGUUCUUAUCUAGUCACUACAGUGAAAGGAUAAAGGAACAACCUGACAUUAGAAUCUUUGAGUUUCAAGGGCUUAUUAAAAAAGAAUUGGAUUUAUAUGUUGGAAGAACCGUGUGUAGGAGAGCAAGAAACAAAGUAUUACAGGAGUUAAUGGGUGACUAUGUUCUUGAGUUUGGGAGGAUUUUGGACUACAAAUAUGAGUUGCUAAGAACUAAUCCAGGUAGUACAUAUGUAGUCAAGCUUCAUGAAGAAACAUUUGAAAAAGGUAGAAAAAUGUUUCAAGGCUUCUACAUAUGUUUUGAUGCAAUAAAGAAGUCCUUCUUGGCUGGUUGUAGGAGAUGCAUUGGUUUGGAUGGUUGUUUUCUAAAGGGAGUAUCUAAAGGUCAAUUAUUGGUUGUUAUUUGUAAAGAUGGGAACAAUCAAAUGCUACCACUGGCUUGGGUAGUAGUUGAAGUUGAAAAUAAGUUUACUUGGGCUUGGUUUGUCAAACUUCUAAAGGAAGAUCUUCAGUUGGGAGAUGGUACAGACCUCACAAUCAUAUCAGAUAUGCAAAAGGGUCUUGAAAUUUCCAUAACUGAUCAUUUGCCAAAUGUUGAGCAUAGAAUGUGUGUUAGACACAUCCUUGCUAACUGGUCAAAGAGAUGGAGAGGUCUUGAGAGAAAUAAAUGUUUCUGGAGAUGGAGCAAGCUUUACUUCAAUUUUACCUCAAAAUGUGAUGUUAUAGACAAUAACAUUGCUGAAUGUUUCAAUUCAUGGAUAUUAGCAGCAAGGCAUAAGAAUAUAAUUACAAUGCUUGAAGAAAUUAGGGUGAAAAUGAUGAAAAGAAUAGGGCAGACGAGAGAGUUUUGCAAUACUUGGAUAUGUGAAAUUUCUCUAAUGGCAAUGAAGGUUCUACAAGAUAACACAGCUAAGUCUAUGAAAUGCAGCAUUGAAUGGAAUUCAGAUACAGGGUAUGAGGUACUUCAUGGACCAUACAGACAUGUAGUUGAUAUUCAAAGGCAAAUAUGUAGCUGUAGAGCAUGGAUGUUGAAAGGCAUACCAUGUCCUCAUGCAAUAGCUGCUCUUCACCAUAGGAAAUUGGACCCAAUCAACUACAUUUCUCAUUGGUAUAACAGAGAAACAUACAUGAAGACAUACAACUACUUCAUUCAGCCAGUUAUGAAUUUGAAAAUGUGGCCAGAAUCACAAAACAUCUCUGUGAUACCACCUCCUGUUAGGAAGAUGCCAGGAAGGCCUGGCAAGAAAAGGAAGAAAGAGCAAGGUGAAACCAGUAAAACUGGAAAAUUAUCCAAAAGAGGGAUUGAGAUGUCAUGCAGCACUUGUCAUAACAAGGGUCACAAUAAAAAAAAGUGUCCUCUUGGUGCACCUGCUUCUGGCACAAACUUUACUGCUGGACCAAGUUCAAGACCUGCUGUUGGACCAAGUUCAAGACCUCCUUCUGGCCCUGCUGCACCAAGUUCAAGACCUCCUUCUGGCCCUACUGCUGCACCAACAUCAAAACAAACUGUUGUCCCUGCUGCUGCACCAACAUCAACAUAA